GGUUAUCCCUUACGAUUUUCUCCCAGUAGGGCCAAUCGCACUCUGUGAUCAAGUAGGUUCCUGUUGGUCUGCGAGGGACUCUUAUCAGCGGGUCAAUCAUUGGUUGUGGGGGUGAAUUUCCCCACAAAUCUCCGGAUGCCGAGCGCCAGUGCGAUUACAUUCCUCAGGUUAUGCAGGAUGCCGAGGUAUUCAUGACAAUGAGAUUGUGCAGUUGAAUGUGCAUCUUAUUCGCAACAACUGCCCUUGAGACUUUAUCCAAAAAUUUGACUCUGCGGCUUGUCCAGAGAAGGCAACCCCGGUUACAUACCAAUGCAGCUCCAUCAUUGGAUCCCGCUGGUCAACGAUGUCAUAGACACGAAAUGUCUACCCAUCCCAACUGGGACUUUCAUCCAGCCUAUGAGACGAUCAAUGAGUCUGCCAGGAGCCAGGAAUUGAUCUGACAAAUGAAACUCCCCUCAUAAUCCACUAUCUCUAUAUCCUGAACCCAUCUUCAUUAUAUUCCCAACAGCCAACCCAGCAAAACCACGACUACCAAAAACAUCAAAAUGACCACAACAAACACCAACCCCCUCCGCAUCGCCAUGGCAUGCGAUGAAGCAGGCUGGGACUACAAAGAAGCGAUCAAAAAAACCCUCGAAUCCAACCCCCUCGUCUCCUCAAUCACAGACGUCGGCGUACACAACUCAUCCGACAAAACCGCCUACCCACACCCCGCCGUGCAAGCCUCGCUGCUAGUCCGCAACGGCGAAGCAGACCGCGCGCUCCUGAUCUGCGGCACCGGGAUGGGCGUCUCGAUCUCGGCGAACAAAGUCCCUGGUAUUCGGGCCGUGACGGCGCAUGAUUCGUUCAGCGUUGAGAGGGCGGUGUUGAGCAAUAAUGCACAGGUGCUGUGUUUCGGACAGAGGGUGAUUGGCGUGGAGUUGGCGAAGAAGUUGGCGACUGAGUGGGUGACGUAUACGUUCGACGAGGGGAGUGGGAGCGCAAAGAAGAUCGAGGCGAUUAGUGAGUAUGAGAGGAGGUUUGCGGGGGGAGUGCAGGGGUUGAGUGAGGAAAUUGUGAUUGAUUAA